UUUUUAAGGAUUUGAUGACUGAUAAAGAGUGGCUUAGUCAAAUGGGUGAAAGAUGGGAGGAUACGGAAGAUGAUGAAGAUAUUUCUGAAUUAAUCCCAGGAAAAAAGAAAAAGGGAGCUGGACGCAAGAAGGAUGGGACUCCGGAAUCUGGAGAGCCGGCAAAACGUGGUCGUAAACGCAAGAAGGCGAUGGACGAAGAAAGUGGGGCUGGUUCCGGCGACGAUAGCAAUGCAGGAACACCCGUUCCUGGUAGACGAGGUGUUGCAGCGAAACGUGCAAAAGGUGCAAAGAUGCCGCCCUCAAAUCCCAAAUUUACUGAGAAAUUGCUUACUUGUUUGGAUACCUUAAUAAAUUAUAAGGACAGUAGAGGCAGAGAGCUAUCUGGUCCAUUUAUUCAAUUACCAUCUCGUCGUGAAUACCCAGACUAUUAUGAACAGAUUGAACAUCCAAUGGAUUUGAAUCGAAUUCGAAGAAAAAUUAAUGAUGACAAAUAUACUUUAUUAGAGCAAAUGACUUCUGAUGUUAAUUUACUUUGUGAUAAUGCCCAGCGCUUCAAUAUUGAAGGUUCAGACAUUCAUGAAGACUCAAAAUUACUUAACAUUGUUUGGCAUCGAAUCGUGGAAGCAGUAAGUUUACAAGAACAGCAACAACAAAAACAACGACAGACUGCAACAACCAACACAAUAAUUCCUAUAAAACAACAAGAAUCACAACCUUCGACUAGUAACGAUACUCCACCUGUUCUUCAACCAAUGAAUGGUUCUAUGGAAAUAAUAAAUGAUGAGCAAGCAUCAAAUUCUGCUGCUACAGAUGAGACAUUGACAAAUCAAGAGAAAAAAUGUGAAUAA